AGAGACAUGGCUAGACGUGUGGCACGAUCACACUCAGUUCAACUCUCGUUUCCCUGCACCUGCGUCUAACUCCUCUCAUAAUCAAUAUUCGCUGCUGUGACUAUCACCCACACACUCGGAUCCAUCUCUCCUCGUGCACUUCCUUUCCCUUGCGCUACUAUCCUUGGAUCCUCAAGGACGGUGUAUAUCCAACCGAACUUGAGAAGUCCCUCCUCGGUGCAGAUGUUAACCACAUUGUCAAUCACCUGUCUUUUGGUUGGUAUGAGUCUUUGUUCCAGUCAUACAUGGCGAAAAAGCCGGUCAAAGUUGUGUCGUCCAUGGGCGAACAAUCGAAGAGCUUUUCCUUUCACCAUCUUGUGGAUACGUCAUUCGCAGGAUCGGCCAUGCGUACGACAGAAGGGGUUUGGAUUAUUGAGCGUUCUGCUCAAGAAGAUACAUUGCUCGUGCUAUUCAAUACUGCGAUCUCUAACUUGGUGCUAUUCCGGAACAACUUCGCCCUGAGCCGAGACAUCACAGGCUUAUUCCAGUCGUUCCAAUCAAGCUCGACCGUCCUCGACCCAGCAUCUAGUAACCUGAGUCUAUUUCAAUCAACCGAGACAUACAAGAUGUACAAAGGUGUGCGGAUGCGCAGCAAAGGGUCGAUCGAGUGGAGAUGGUAGCCAGCUUAGGAUCCUAUGUUGCACGGUGCAG